AAUAUUAAAAAACAAUGGGGUUUGUGUUUUGUUUUUAAUUAAACAGGUACAUUGUCUAAAACAUAGUUAGUCCGUAAAAAUAGUUUUCACUGAAAAAUUUAUUAAAAUGACCACAAAAAAAAAUGAUACUACUGAUCUUAACUACGACAUGAAUUACAAUUUGUUUUUAUUAAAAACGUCUAUGCAAAAUCUGAAAUCGCCUCAAGAUAAGUAUAAUGUAAAUCUAUGGCUUCAAAAGUUAUUGGCUAGCAACAAAACGACAGCCGAGAUGAGGCUUCGAAAUGAUUUUAUGUACCAUUUAGUAACUGCAGUGCAGGACGGCGAAUUACGUCCGCCAUUUACUCAUUAUCCACCAAGCCAACCUUUAAGCGAUCUCGCUUACCUGUUGACAGGAGGAGCACCAGAUUUAAGUGAAAAGGACUCCAAAAAAGGUAGUGGUGCUUGGGAAUGCGAAUUGUCCAGUGAGGAGACUGAUAAACCUAUGCUAUACAGACAAUCUCCUGAUGGUGGAGCUUUUUUAGCUGCCCAACCUAUACCGAAAUGUGGAGCUUUCUGUUACUUAGCAGUGAUAAAAAAAUUGGUGGCAGUCAUAAAUUGUAAUCAUGCUUUAGCAAUGGUUUAUCAGAGGAUAAAAUAAUAUAUCUUAAUAGCAGGAAAUGGAAAGAACGAAUAGUAAAUAUCGAGCUAUUCGAUACUUGAUUACUAUUCGAACUAUUAGAUAAUUAUUUAAUAACUAUUUGAAUAAUAUUAAUUUUUAAAAUUACGAAUUUAUAGUUUA